AUGGCAGGAGGCUUCCUUGCAUACCACGAGCCUGGUAUCGUACAGAUUUUAAUAAUCAUUUCAUUUUUCUUUUUCUUGUCAUUAGCAGAGUGGUUCUCGGCGAAAAUCAUUCGUGCGGGCAUUAUUGGCCAAAUUGCAGUUGGAAUUAUAUACGGGAAACCAUUAGCCGAUAUUCUUGAAGGCCCGUGGCAGGAAACAUUCCUCGCGGUUGGAUAUGUUGGUUUGAUUUUGAUUAUUUUUGAAGGCGGCCUUCAAAUACGGCUGGACCUCUUGAAGCAAAAUUUCUUCUCCAGUGUGUUAGGAGCUGCGACGGGCGUCAUAUUGCCGAUCGCCUUUUCUUAUUUGCUACUCUAUUUAGGAUACGGAUAUGGCGCUGUCGAGACAUUCAUUAUCGGAGCUGCGCUCUCUGCCACCUCGUUAGGCACCACUUUCUCCGUUAUAUCCUCUGCUGCGAAAGAGGUCGACCUGUCUCAGACACGGGUUGGCUCAAUUCUUGUGAGCGCGGCCGUGAUUGACGAUGUUGUUGGGCUUGUAUUAGCCAGUGUUAUCCAUGAUUUGGGUGAAUUAUCUGGCCCCGACUCGGGUCACACCAGCCUUGGUUGGAUCAUCGGUCGCCCGAUCGUGGCAUCAGUAGCUAUGGCGAUUCUAACGCCUAUCCUCACGAAAUGGGUAUUCGCGCCCGUCUUUCGCCGCUGGAUCGAGCAUGCAUUUGCCAAAUAUGAUCACGUCUCCAAUAUCAUUCUCAUGGUCCUGGUUCUGUCGGCAUUCAUCAGCAUUGCAUCAUAUGCUGGAACAUCUGUCCUAUUUGGCGCCUUUCUCGCUGGCUCAUUCCUCACUUAUCUCCCCAGCAAGCAUCCGGAUGGUCCUUUCGUUGUCAUGAGCCGCGAAGAAGGCGAGCAGGAUCCCGAUAGGAGUCCGACGUUCAUUCACACAUUUGAGUUAUACCUAUUGGAUACACAGAAAUAUCUGAUGGAGCCACUAUUCUUCGCCAGCAUUGGUUUUGCCAUUCCUUUUGUGGGACUUUGGACUGGGAAGCGGAUCUGGAGAGGCAUUCUCUUCUCACUUCUAAUGACAGUUGCCAAGUUUAUCGUUGGAAUAUGGAUUCCCAUCUUCGAGUUCAUCGGCUCCCGAAAGUCACCGAAGCCUCACAACCCCACGCCCAGCGAGAGUUCACAUGAAACCCAUGGAAAGAGAAACAGUUCCGACGCAACGAGCGAUACUCCAGUAGCGCCAGAGAAAAAGGGCAACUACGGCUCAGCAUCGCUUUCUGGGCUCCUUCUCGGUUCUGCAAUGGUAGCACGAGGAGAGAUCGGGUUACUGAUUGUAGAAAUCGGGUAUAAUGACACGAACUAUGUGAGCACAGAAGGAUUCAUCACUGCUGUAUGGGCCAUUCUUCUCAACACCAUCGUUGGCCCUGUCACAGUGGGCUACUUGGUCAAGUUCUACGGCAAGCGAAUUGGAAAGAGUGCUUGGGGACUUCAAAAAACAGGAACGACCAGCCGACAAGAGACGGAGACGGCGGGCACAGUGAACAAUCACCACGUCUAG